AUGGCGAUGCUUGUCACAUCUGUCCCAGCACUCACGACGCCUGCAGCCAAUGAGCAGCUCGACAUCAUUGCACAGGAGAGUGCCGGCGACAAGUUUCGUGACCUCUUUGAUGAGCAGCGUGCCAUGGUCAAGACUGUGCGGAACACAGAUUGGCUGGAGCUCAUCUCCAAACUCCGCACCGGCAACUUCCGGACCUCGGCGUCCCUGCCGCCGCCCGGAGGCGUCGGUAUGCGGCUGUUUGGAGAGAAGUGCACCAGCUGCUGCGGGCUCGUCUGGGACCGAUCCGAGCUGGACUUGUCUGAAGCGUUCAUCUGGCCCAGCGGCUACAUGGCAAAGACGGAGUUCAACAUGAACCACAAGGGUGAACUUCUCAACGGACGGUCCUCGGCGCUCGUCACGAUUGAGCGCUUGAUGGAGUGCAACUCCCACCGGCUCACCACGAAUGCAGACACCGGGGAACUGCAGGAGAUUCCUAUCGGCGCGAACCUCGCCUUCAACGAGAUCAACUGGCCCUGCCGAGGGACUGACGGACUGGUGGCGGUAUUCGUCCGCUCGGUGGACGUGGACCACGUGUUGCACGCCCUGGGCGUGGUCGCUUUGCUGGAGCACGCGCUUGGCUGCCAGCUGCCACUGGUGCUCAUGGACUCCGCCAACCCGGUGCGCACCCUGGACGAGACGGUGCAGCGGGCCUUCCUGCGGGAGGUCCCGAAGCCCAGCAUCCCAGAGACUUUGCCGAUGGCCCUGGUCCCUCGUUUCCCCAUUGCCGUGAACCACCUCACGGAGCUUUCGGACGCACAGAAGCUGGAGCUCCAUUCGUUGUACGGCAUCACCGCAAGCUGCCUCCGCCAGAUCUUCCUGAAGCACACCUCGGACCCGGCGCGCUUUCACGAGCUGCUCUCCAUGGGCCUGCGGGAGUGUGUGGCGCGGAGGAAUGUGCCUUCAGCACGUGAGAUUGUUCGAACGACGUCGCCCAUGAUGGUGAACUUCAGCUUGAAUCAGGAGGUGGCCGAGCACGAGCACAGCUUUAUCGCGGAGGUGCUGUCUCUCUGCAAGUUUUUGCCCGAGGGCAGCGAGGACUUGCUUGUGGUCCUGGGAGCCAAGGUGAUGCUGGCGGAGUUUCGUUCCGGACGCACGCAACAUCGAAUCGACGUCGCGAUCCGGGACAUUGGUGAAUGGUUGAAGCGUGUGACCACCCAGUGCACCGUUUGCGACGUCUUCAGCUGGAUGGAGACCUGGAGGACGGAGCGCGGCUCGCGUAUGUCGUCGUUCAUCAGCGGCAAGGCGGUGUCAAACCGCAGCGACUUCUUGAGACAUUUGAAGAAGCUCAGGGAUGCAGAGGACGGCGACGCGUACGUGCGUGAGCUGUGCGAGGUGGUGCACGCCUUGCGCAGCCCGUGCCUUCGAUUCCGCAUCUUGCGCGACGUGGUGGGGCUGGACGACCGCUUCUCGCGCAACGUGGUCCACGCAAUCGUUUGCUUUGCAUUCGAUAUCUUCGUACCCCGGGCACGCUCGGCUUUCGAAGUGGACGAGGCGACGCGGCUUGAGGUGGAGGAGUCUGAGAGGAUUUUCCGUCGACCUUCCCGUGAGAUCCUGGGCGUGGAGACCCCGGAGCUCUUCACCGCAGACCCGUUGGGCCUGCAGCCGCGGCUCUCGCGAGCGCAGUACCGUCAAAACCGCAGCCGCAAGGCCUGA